AUGGCAGCGCGCCUCCUGGGCAUCUGUCUACUGGUUUUACUGGGUGAAGCAUCCGGAGCCGAACUGUCCUUCACCCUGGAGCCCGGCGACGUUAUCGCGGUGCAGGAGCAGCCGCUGGUGCUGCACUGUCGGGCGGAGGGGAUCCCACCCAUCAUUACACGCUGGAGACGCAACGGAGCGCUUCUCCAGCAGGACCAGGACCACCUCACGUUCACCAAUGGCUCUCUGCUGAUUGGUCGAUUCCAGAGGACUAACAACGAGGGAGAUUACGACUGCGUGGCACAGAACUCCUUCGGGCGGGUCAUAAGCCGCAAAGCUAAAGUUCAGGCUGCAGUCUUGGCUGAUUUUCAUGAGCACCCACGGUCGGUGAGGGCGGAGUUGGGAGGCAUGGCCCGGUUCCAGUGUCAUGUACACGGCUUACCUGAGCCGCUCAUCAGCUGGGAGAAAGACGAGCGACCUGUGGACACCAAUGAUGAGAGGUACACUCUGUUACCCACCGGCGUGCUGCAGGUCACCGCGGUCCGCCCGGGCGAUGCCGGACUUUUCGGCUGUGUUGCUCACAACAGCGCCGGAGUGAAGCACAGUGCCGGAGCUCGGCUCACCGUCUCAGACUCUCAGUCGUCUGUGUUUGAGGAGCCGGUGAUCGUUGUGGGACCAGAGAACCUCACCCUCACCGUGCACCAGACCGCCAUCCUGGAGUGUGUGGCUACGGGCUUUCCUCGCCCCAUCGUGUCCUGGAGUCGCCUUGACGGGCGCCCUAUCGGAGUUGAAGGUAUCCAGGUUCUGGGUACGGGGAACCUCAUGAUUUCGGACGUCAGUGUGAAACACUCCGGCAUUUACGUGUGUGCCGCUAACAAACCAGGAACGCGUCUGCGCCGAACGGCUCAGGGUCGACUGGUGGUGCGAGCUCCAGCCGAGUUAGUUCAGCCUCCACAGUCCAUAGCUCGUCCAGUGGGCACCAGUGCCAUCUUCACGUGCCUGGCGCAGGGUGAGCCGAUGCCCCAGAUCACCUGGUUGAAGAACGGUCAGAUUCUGGAACCCGGGGGCCACGUCAAGCUCAGGAACAACAACAGCACACUGAGCAUCUCCAGCAUCAGCGCGCAGGAUGAAGCCAUAUACCAGUGUAUCGCCGAGAACAGCGCCGGAUCUUCCCAGGCCAGCGCCCGUCUCACCGUGCUGUGGGCUGACGACGGGCUGCCCGGUGUACCCACAGACGUGCGGGCAAAUGCUCUCUCACCCACCUCCAUACAGGUGUCAUGGAAAGAACCUUCUGUAAACACACAGGACAUCAUCGGCUACGUGCUGCACAUCAGGAAGACUUCAGAGCCGCUGGAGAUGGAGUAUCAGGAGGCCGUGAGUAAAGUCACUCUGCAGCAGGUGGUGGGAGAUCUUCAACCUUCUACAACCUACAGCUUCUACUUAAAGGCCUACACCUCCCACGGUGCCAGCAAAGCCUCCAGCACCGCCCAGGAGAGCACGCUUGGAGAGGUACCGGCUCCUCCGUAUCUCUACACCAAGGUUCUGAACUCCAGCGUGGUGCAGGCCACAUGGGAGCCGUCCACAAAAAUGGGUCAGCACGACGGAUUCAGACUCUACUACCGCCGGGCCCAUGACGAGCUCUAUACGGGGCCCGUCACCUUGUCCCGCAACGUCACCCUCUACAACAUCUCACUGAUGGAUCCAGCAGUGGUUUAUGAGAUCAAGGUUCUGGCCUUCAAUCGGUACGGAGAAGGAAAUGCCACGCUGCGCUUCAUAUCUCUAAAGGAGGGAGUGGAGAAGUCAGUGCUGAACGUCCCGUGUGACUGUGUGAAAGAGGAGCAAAAGAGCUCGACCACUGGCAUUAUCAUCGGCAUCCACAUUGGCGUCACCUGCAUCAUCUUCUGUCUCCUGUUCCUCAUGUUCAGCUACCGGAGCAGGUUAAUGCUGUGUAAGACGGUGCAGGCUGCUCCUCAGGUGGGACUCAGUGCAGUGGUCACUGCAGCCGCAACACUGGAGUCUUCUUCAUCUUCUCAUGGAGCACUAGACUAUAACGGGCUUCACUGUGCCAGCGCCAAUGCCAGCGAUGUUCCCUGUGGCACCAAGGCUAGCUCUAGGUUGAAUGAGAGGGAGAAGCUGGUCUCAGGUUCGGCUGAUGCUGCACAAAUGAUGGAAAGCUUGCUGGUCUCGGGUUCCCUGAAUAAGGUGUCCACACUUACUUUGGAUAACUUGGUCCAGGUGGAGGAAUAGACGGAACCUCCACAUACACACGGAGCUCCCAAAUUCUUCUCAAACAGACCCUACUGUUCCUCUCAGGUCAACCCAGGAGUUUCCUAUUUUUAUCUUGUUGUUUAUUGUGUGUAGAGUUUAUUUGUUGGAUUGUUGACGUGGGAGUGGCGGGACUCUGUAGGAGUCGGGGUGAUUCUGCCAUCGGCGGGUUUGAUCCCCUCAUCGGAAGGAAAUAACGGUCGAAAGAUGGACGUAGGAGUUCUUCAGAAGAAUCUUUCUUCCUGCUGACCUCUGACCAUCGGGGGGCGCCACAUUCUCCAGUGAUUUCACUCUCCAUCUCAGGAAAUGUUCCUCAGAAUCAGUUUUAUAAUCAGACUCCAGGUGUUAGGUUUGGAUCCAGGACCUACAAGUCCUGGGAUUUACAUCAGGAAGCUACCUCAGCCAGGAACGAAUGUGUGUUGGGAAGCGUUUUUGCGUAACGUUUCACUCAGAGAAGUAAACGGGCGACGCCCUGUCUCAGAUGCCAAGAGCUGCCAGUUAAUGGACUAAUGAAGCAAGUCAAGGGAGAAAUAUUCAACAUAUAGCACUUCCAAAAGUCGAUCAUCUACCUCAUGAUGACAACGCUCGGGUUGUUGUUGAUGUUAUUCUGUUUUCAUAAUGAAAUGAAUCGUUUUGUUUUGUUUUUAUUUACGGGCGGUCCAGGCCGGAUGGGUUGUGUUUAACACCUCGUGAUUUUUCGGUAGGGUUUUAUUUUGUAUUUUUAAUUUUGGUCCUUUCAGAUGGACGUGAAGAC